GUUACAUUAACAGUAAAACAUUACGUAACUUCAAGAACAUAAAUUAAAUUUUUGCUGUGAGCUAUGUCCGGAACUUUUUCUGUUCAUUUGUUUCGAACGGACUUAUUUGACUGCUGCACUGAGUGGAGAGUGGAGUGCGUCGAGAAACUGUUACCGGCUGGAAGUUAUCUAUAUUAAAAGCUUUUGACAGUUUUAAUUGUAUUCUGCGUGUUGUCAGUGACAGAAACAAAUAACAGGGGGUGCUCCUGGUGUUGUUUAAUUUAGCGUAUCAUUAAAAUCGAUUUUGACAUGAAUUUAAAGUCCAUACUAACCCAGUCUCACCGUGACUUUGAUCAUGCACAGUCGUGUGGAACUAAAGAAAUUAAGCUGUAAAUCUUUAUUCAAACAUUCACCUUAAAAAUGCACGUUGUAACGAUUCCAGUUCUCCGAGGGUGUAUCCGACACCUCCUGAAUGGAUCCUCGCUGACCUGCAGAUGCAGAAUAGCGUGGAAAAGAAGUUACAGCUUUUUUAGAGAUGAUGUCAAAUCUGUUAAAGCGGUGCUCAACCCGGACAUCUCAAAGAUUCGUAACAUAGGAAUCAUGGCACAUAUAGAUGCAGGAAAGACCACGACGACAGAAAGAAUGCUGUACUACUCAGGAUAUACCAGAGCUCUUGGAGAUGUGGAUGAUGGAGACACUGUAACUGAUUAUAUGGCCCAGGAGAGGGAGAGAGGCAUCACCAUCCAAUCAGCUGCUGUUACCUUUGAUUGGAAGGACCACAGAAUUAACCUCAUUGACACACCAGGUCAUGUCGAUUUUACUUUGGAGGUUGAAAGAGCUUUACGAGUUUUGGAUGGAGCAGUCGCUGUGUUUAAUGCAUCUGCUGGAGUUCAGGCUCAAACCUUGACUGUGUGGCGACAGGCUCAAAAACAUAAAAUCCCCUGCGUGUGCUUUCUAAACAAGAUGGACAAAUCUGCGGCUAGCCUCAAAUACUCAAUAGACAGCAUAAAGACCAAACUAAAGGCCAACCCUGUUCUCCUUCAGAUUCCUAUUGGCUCAGGAAAGGGCUUCACGGGAUUGGUUGACUUGAUCACCAAGCAGAAAAUAAUGUGGCUGGAAAACUCGCUAGCAUCCGAUGGUCGUGAUUUUGAGAUGAGAGCCCUUCAGCCAUCUGAAGACCCUGAGUUGCUUCAGUCUGUCAGUGAGGCCAGAGGAGCUCUGAUUGAACAGGUAGCAGAUCUAGAUGACGAGUUUGCUGAGCUGCUGUUGGGAGACUACGGUGAAAACUUCGAUGCAGUGCCUGCAGGGAAGUUGCAAGAGGCGGUGAGAAGAGUGACAUUAGCACGUAAGGGGGUGCCCGUGUUGUGUGGAAGCUCGCUAAAAAACAAAGGGGUCCAAACUUUGUUGGAUGCCAUAACUGCUUAUCUACCCGCCCCCAAUGAGAGGCAUCACGAUCUGGUGCGCUGGUAUAAGGAUGAUCUGUGUGCACUGGCCUUUAAGGUGAUCCAUGACAAGCAAAGGGGUCCGCUGGUGUUUGUCAGGAUAUACUCGGGAACCAUGAAGGCUCAGUCAGCAGUGUAUAACAUUAACAGAAACGGGACGGAAAGAAUGAGUCGGCUUCUCUUGCCUUUUGCUGAUCAGCACAUAGAAAUUCCCUCCCUUUCUGCAGGAAACAUUGCGCUUACAGUAGGACUCAAACAGACAGUGACAGGCGACACCAUCGUCUCCUCCAAAGCCUCGGCAGCAGCUGCAGUAAAAAGAGCUGAGAACGAAGCUGAGGACAACAGGAGUUCACAUAGGGAAAGCAGCAGUUUGGUGCUCGCAGGGGUGGAAGUACCAGAGCCAGUGUUCUUCUGUUCCAUUGAACCUCCUUCCAUGGCCAAACAGGCAGAUUUGGAGCAUGCGCUUAGCUGCCUACAGAGGGAAGACCCCAGUCUGAAAGUCAGAACAGACCCUGACUCAGGACAGAUGAUCCUGUGUGGUAUGGGGGAGCUCCACAUUGAGAUUAUCCAUGACCGCAUCAAGAGAGAGUUCAACAUUGAAACUCAUCUUGGACCCUUACAGGUGGCCUACAGAGAAACCAUCCUUCAAUCAGCAUCAGCCUCAGAUACGUUAGAUCGGACCCUGGGAGAUAAGAGGCAUGUAGUUACUGUAGAGCUUACAGUCCAUUCUUGGACCGAGUCUGGUACUUCCUGUGACAUCACUUUUGAGGACAAAGUGAAAGCUCAACUCUCUUCUGACAUCAGAGAGGCCGUGGAACACGGAGUUCAAAGCGCGUACUUUCAAGGUCCUGUGAUGGGAUGUCCUGUACAAGGAGUACAAACAGUCAUCCAGCAUGUAAGUUGGGAAUCAGGCACUUCUUCAGCCAUGGUGUCUGCCUGCGUGUCCCGCUGCAUGCUCAAGGCUCUGAGGCUGGCGGGAGGGCAGGUUUUGGAGCCAGUAAUGGAGCUGGAAGUGACGUUGGGAGAGGAGAAUCUGAGCUCUGUACUCGGUGAUCUCGCCCAACGGCGCGGGACUGUCCGCGAGAUCCAAACUCAGCAGGAAAACAAGGUUUUACUGGCUACGGUACCUUUGGCAGAGAUGAUGGGCUAUUCGACCGUCCUGCGCACUUUGACCUCUGGGAAUGCCACCUUUUCUCUGGAGCUGUCCAGCUAUGAGCCCAUGAAUCUUCAAGACCAGAACACACUGCUCAACAAGAUGGCUGGUCUGGCUUGAGCCGAUAACCAAAUCACCAGCUGAAAUGUUAACUGACUAUUGUUACCGAUGCAAAUUUGAUUGGACAAUAAGCGUUGACAUGCUAAAGCCAAUCAAAAAACAGAAGAUAUACUGUAUCCUUGAGACAAAUCUGCAUAUGGACAUUACAAAGACAUGCCCUGAUUAUUUUUUCACGUAUACGCUUAAAAGAGAAACUUUGAAACUAAUUCUCUAAUGAAAAUGGACAGUGUACAGAAAGUAAACAUAUGAUGGUACAUAAAUGCAUAAACAUUUUAUUUA